GUAUCAUCAUCAUCAGCAGGAUCAGCAGCUGCUAAACAUGGGGAGCGAAGGCGCAGGGCCGCCCCGCACCAAGCGCCUCUCCGCGACCGACCCGCUGGCGCCGCUCGCCCCCCGCGACGACGACCUCCGGCGCGCCGCCUCGGCGGAGUCGGACCCCGGGGAGCGGCCUCGUGUGCCGGUCGGGCACCCUGGCCCUGGCAACGACGGCGCCGGCGAGGGCCGUACGCGAAUCGUAGGGGCUGCGCCAUCGCCGCCCGAAGGCCCCGCAGGGCGGCCCCGGCCACGGUCACUCCCCGUCGCCGUGGAGGUCCGGAACGGGGCCCGGGAGAGGGACACGGCGGCGGCGCCGGCGGAGCGAGCGAGGGCCCCGCGGACAUGCAGCGGCAGCCUGGACUCGCUGGAGGAGGAGCUGGCGCGGAUCCAGCGGCACGACAUGGUGGAGGACAGCAGCGAAGGAACGCCGUCGCCGCUCCCGCGACUUCUGCAGGGUCUGGCGAGCGGCCGCGACCCACGGGGCUAUGGGCCUCCCGCCGCCCCCAUCGACGGGAGGGAGAGGGACGAGGAGGAGGACCUGAUACGCAAAGUCCUGCGGUUGACCACCGGCGGGGGAACGGCGGCGGCGGGCGACGCCGGAGGCUGUUCGGGGGCGGUGAAACUCGGCCCCUGCAAGGACGGCGAGAGCGCGAGCUCCGUGAGCAGCCCCGGCGAGAGCCUGCGCUUCGACAGGGAGCCCGAGAGCCUGGGCAGCAGCCCCGACGACCGAUCGCCGGGGAACGGCUCGUCCAGCUGCCUCCCUCUGUCAAGCCGCACGGCCGGGAGCGCCACGUCGCCCUCCGUCUCCUCGCUCGAGGACGACAGCGACGCCAGCCCGGGCUGCCGCGGCGUCAGCGCUGGCGCCGUCGUCGGCGGAGGGAGGGCACCGGACGACGAGGUCGGCAUGCCCAGGAAGAACCGCUCGCACUCGCAGAACCAGCAGCCGCCCGCGAUUGUAGAUUCGUCUGAGGAGGAGGAGGAGGCGCUCGAGGGGCGGGUGGCGCCGCGCGAGCAGGAGGGGCUUCAGGAAGCCGAGCUGCCGCAGCAGCAGCAGCAGCAGCGCAGGAGCGCCGGAAGGAGGUCCAAGCGCGAGCGCGAGGACCUGAGGGCCCAGCGGCGAAGGCAACGGUCGCGCGCGUCGCCCAGCAACCUGUCGCCCAUCGAGGACGCGUCGCCGACCGAGGAGCUGCGGCAGGCAGCCGAGAUGGAGGAGCUGCGGCGCUCCUCCUGCUCCGAGUACUCGCCCAGCAUCGAGUCGGAGCCCGAGGGCUUCGAGUCGUAUGCUGAGAAGAUCUACCGCCUGCAGGAGGAGUUCAAGCAGCUGACGUCCAUCAACCGCAGUGCCAGCCACGAGGGCUCCGAGUCGUACGCGGCGCGGAGCCGCGUGUCGUCCGAGCGCGUGCUCAAGAGUGCCGAGGAGGCAUACGAGGAGAUGAUGAUAAAGUCGCGGGCUCGGCCGAUGGACGAUGGCAGUGUCGGCGACGGUCCGAAGGUGGUGGUGGAGGCGACGAUCCCCGGCUGCGCUGGAGCCUUGCCAUGCGCUACAGGAGGCGGAGAUACUGGCCCCGACGACGCCGGCCCUGGCGAUGCGUGGCACGGAAUAUCGGGGAGGCCCUACAGGGAGGAGACGGGUGGUGACGCAGUGUUCGACUUCAGCCGGAGUCGCGAGCUUCGGGCAUGCGGGGAAGCGACGAGCACCGCGACGCCAACCAUGUUGGCGGCGACAGGGAGCGCCACGGAUUACCUGGGCACAAGGUAUGGCUACAGCGACCUGCUGGGCGACGUUCCCCCUCUGCUCACGCCCGGCAUCAGCCCGACGCAGCUGGCUUCGCCAUCGCCUGCCUCUCGCAGGCAAGGAAGGCCGGGCGACGUUGUGAACCUGUCCUGCGGCGCCGGCGCCACGAUUCCCGCCGCCAGGCCGCACGUCGCCACCGCCGUCGCCUUCCCGGCCAUUCCCGCUGUGCGAAUAACUCAGCACUUUACCGACCAUGAGGACGGCGCCGGCACCGCUGGAUCAGCGGAGGCGUUGCCGGAGGCCGACUCGCAGCACGACUACCGACCCAUGGCCUCGGACAUAACCGUCACUACUCACACCGUCCCGUGUUCAGCCUCUCCUUCGUCGGCACAGCAGCAGCAGCUGGUGACAGCACCGGCCGUUGCCGAGGACGUGCGCUUGACAAGCUCGUUGGGUUACCGGCAGGAGCCACAGGUGCCCAUCUCUUCGAGUGUUAAGCAGCCGCCGCCACUUUUAAGGAGCUCUAGCCACGACCUCUCGUUCACCGUGGGCAAUGAUGCAAUGGAGGAGGCCUCCCUCCUGCACAAUUUGUCCAGCUUCAGCCAGGGUGCUGGUGGCGGUGCUGGCAGCAGACGUGGCUCCUCCGUCGACGCGGAGUUCUACUUUUCCUCCGAGCUGAACCCCAUGGCGCUGCUGUACGACGCAGGGGAAUCUGUCGACCACGUGAUAUCAAGGCCUCCGACGGCGUCCUCUGCACCGUGCUCACGGGCCUCGGGCGAAGAGCCUGGCGCCCCAUGGAGGGCCUUCGCUCGCCCGCAAGCCUGCCAAUGGCCGGAUGAUGGAUUUGGCCAGAGGGGGGAGGUUGAGGAGGAGGAGGAGGCCAGAUGCGGCAGGGUGAAGUCUCGGGUCGUCGACCUGCGCAUGCUCAAGACGCCGCCGCUCAUCAUGACGGACCAGGGCGUGGACCUGACGUCGUUUGCCACGGAGAGCCGGCGCUUUGGCGGCGAUAACAUUGGUGCCGGCGCCGUCAACAAGCCAGGCAGCGUGGUGAAGCCGGGGAUCGUGAACCUGAGCGCGCUGGAUUUGAACACGAGCCAGAGCCAGAGCCAGAAGGUGACGGUCGUGAACCGUGGCACGAACGUGCCCACAAAUUACAAAGUGGCCGCCAGGCCUGUGCCGUCGCCGCAUGAUGUCACCCCCGCCACCACCACCACUACCAGCAACAGCAGCAACAGCAUCAGCAAGCCAUUAAACCUGGCCCAGAACGCAUCGACCACCACUGUGGCGCCGACGAACGGGCCGGCGUUCGGUCUCACCAUCACCGCCGGUCCCUCGGUGAAGGCCGCAGCAGCGCCCAGUGCGGAGGCGUCGCGGGCAGAGCGGGCCGAGCGACGCCUCGGCGCCGCUGGCCAGCCAGAGCACAACGGCCGCCCGAACGGCACGGUGGGAGGCGGGCGUGGCCCGGGCCCGAGGAUCGCGGCCGCGUCUCCGGACGGGAGGCCCGACGAGGCGGCGAGCGGCCUCUCGCGGCCGGGGGAGGGCCCGGCGGAUCUCGUCCGGGGCGGCGACGGGAAGCGAGCGACGUGCUGCGACGUCGUCUACCACUUCCCAUUCCUCCGCUCGCCCUCGCUCUGGGGGAAGCCACCAUCAGCUUCGUCGCCGCCGCCUGCCAUCGCGGUGCAGGGGAAGGCCGAUCUCCUCCGCCGGCACGAAUCCGCGAGUGCCUACCACUGCUUCCCGCUUGGCCCCCUGCGCUCCUCCUUCUCCGACACCAACCUGGCGAGCAUCGGCGACUACGGCAGCUGCCCUUUCAGGUACGACGGCGCGGGGACGGGCAAGGUCAUGGACCUGACGGCCAAGAACGGCUUUGUGGCGCGAGGCAGCCUCCUGUCGGGCGAUGUCGGCCUGGGCGCCAAGUUCGCCCUUGGGGCGUACACUGAGUGCGGUCUGAGGCCCAUGCGGCGAUACAACUCGGACCACGCCAUUUCCAAGAUGGAGUGUGACAAUGGCAGCGGCGGCCGCGGCGCAUCCAGGGAGGCGCACGUGGACUGCCAAUCAACCGAGGAGACCAUCCGGGAGAUCAACAAGCUGUGCACGGAACUCACCUCGCUCCAGCGCGAGUGGUUGACCUACAGCGACGGCAAGGGCGCAGCACCGACGAGCCAGCUCACCCUUGCCGGCUACGGCGUGGGUGCCCCGGCGCUGAACGCGCUGGCGGCGGCGGUGCCGUCCGAGGUUGCAGAUUACCUGGUGCCCGCUGUCCCCGUAACCGCGCAGCCGUCAUCCAUCAUGGGCCCUCUGGGCGCCGCUGGCUACCGGAACGGGGCGACCGGCCACAUGGAAGCGGCGCCGAACUUUGAGGACUUCCUGCCAACGGUUGUGCAGCAGCAGCAGUGGCGGAGGGGGUCGGGGUCACGGAGUUUCUCGGCGGUGCUGGCCGGUGCCGGCACCCAGGCAUAUUCCCCCGACGCCGUCACCGCCACCGUGAAGACCGCCAGCAGCCACCUGGGCUACGGCAUCCCUCAGCUGUGCACGGCAGCGGCGGUGGCCGUGGCGGGCCCGGGAGGCUACUUCGGCGCUUACGGCCCGGGCCCCCACGGCGACGGCGCUCCACCAGGAUGCUCUGAGGAGGAGAACGCGACGCGGCGGCUGGGUCCGUACGUUCUCGGCACAAUCGCUCCGGACACGAGGGAGGGGGCCCUUGUCGGGCAGCGGUGGGACGAGGGGGAGGUGACGGUGGAGGCGGAGGGGCGCCGGUGGUCCCUGGAGCUGGAGGAGCACGAGCUGCUGCGGGAGAAACAGGCAGAGCAGCAGCAGGUGCAGCUGCAGCAGCAGAUACUGGAGCUGGAGAAGGUGAAGCAGAGGCGCCUGCAGGAGGAGAUGGAGUGUGAGCGCGUGGAGAUGCGCCUCCGCCUCGACCAGGAGAAGCGCCUGGUGGAGCAGGAGCUGAGCGAGCUGCACGGCAUGAAGCGGCGUCUCUUCCGGCGGCAGCAAGAGGAGCACCGCGAGCAGUUGUCCCUGCAGCAGGAGCAGAUGGUCCACCACCACGUGCAGAUUGACAAGAUCAAGCAGCUGCAGACGCAGCUGCAGCAGCAGCUGGAGGAGCAGAAGAUGAUCCAGGCGACCCCGCCGGUCGCCUCCGUCGCUGCCGCCGCCGCAUUCAACCACAACGUGGGGCCGUGGUGGACGACGAGGGCCGGGCAAGAGCUCGGCGGGCCACGCUGGCCGGCGCCGGGACCGCACGAGGCCGGCGCCGGCGGCCGCGUCCCGCGCCGGCCCUCCCGGCAAAGCGUCGCCAGGCCCACGGCCGAGCUCUCGCUCUGCGAUGCCCGAGGGCGUAGGCCGCCCCGGCGGAGGAGCCUGGGGAGUGGCGGCGGAGGAGCGCGGUCAUCGUCAUACUGGGAGGAGGACGAAGAGAUGGAUAGCGAGGAGGAGCAGAACGUCGGCAGGGGAUCGGUCCGGCGGCCGUGGUUCGAUAGCGGCAUCCGGACUGACGACGACGGCGACGAGCGCCGGCGCUCGCGCCGCAACGGCGUGGACUGCGGCGUGCAGACGGACGAUGAGGACGGCCGUGGCGGCGCUGGCUGGGGCAGUUCCUCCCGGAGGAGGAGGGGUCGGAGCGUGAGGGCCAGUGGACCGGGUCGCGAGGCCGUCGUGGGCGACGGUUCUCCGCCGGCCCGCGUCUUCACAUCGAGCAUCGGCGUCCAAACCAGUGCCGACUGUUCGGUGCAAACGGAGCCGGCGCCGGGCACCGUCUCGCGGCGUGACCGUGACGACUUCUACGACAUCUCGAAGCCCGAGCGGACCCACUUGGGCCGGAGCUCCGGCUGCCAGACCGACGGCGACGGCGGGAGGCGGCCGGCACCGCUUGAGAUUGGGGCAGCCGGCUUCCAUCCCAGUGACGCCGGGGCUGGCGAGGCAUCGCCCCGUUCGCCCAAGCUGCUGUUCUCGCCCGUGUCACCGCUGGCGUGCGGCAAGCCACUGGACGCGCCGUUCGGCACCAGCGAGAGGCUCAACAAGGCGCACGUGUCACCGCAGAAGCACCUGCCGCCCACGCCGGCUGCGCGGCAGGGGCAGCAGGGGCCGCCCUCCCGGCGGCACGAGGAGGAGGAGGACGACGGAGCCGGGAGUCACCGUGGGCCCCAGCGCUCCAAGGCUGCGGUUGAUGGCCCCGGCACGGGCCGCAAGGUCAAGAGGACAUUGCCCAACCCUCCCAUGGAGGAACGGCCACCCACCGGGCCCGCCGCCUCAUCUCCGUCGCCGGCGCCAUCGGCAGCGUCGACGAGGAACGGCGUGCCGGGGGCAGGCGGACCCGACGGGCGAUCGGCGGCGCCGGCGGGGCCCGGUGUUGUGCCCGUGCAGCGCAAGCAAAUCCUGCGCGAGAUCGACGCGGAGUUGGAGCGGGUGGAACAUGACUCGGCGAAGCUGCGCCAGCGCCAGGAGGAGCUGGACGCCGAGGAGCGCGAGAUCGACGCCCGCAUGCGCAACCUGGAGCGGGGCCUCGGCCGCAAGGGGGAGAGGAACGGCGGCGGCGACGUUGGUGGCGCCACCGACCCCGGACGCUACCCCACAGCGCGUGCCCUGGGACUCGACGCCGGGCCGGCGGCGCCGCGCUUCUCGCCGGCGCGGCGCCAGCAGGAGGCGUGCCUCCCGGGACUUUACCCGGCACCGGCCGGCCCAGUCCCGCCUUGCCGAAUCUUCCCAUCGUCGUCCUACCUGGCUUAUCCGCAGCUGCGCCAGGCUGAUGGCGCGGAGGCGCCGGGGGGCUACGCGCCGUCGUCCGGCUCGCUCCCUCAUGCCAUCCCGACGGCCCCGUACCCCGGCCUCACAGCGCCGGCGCCGCAGCUCAAGGCCCGGCAAGCGUCGCUGGACCUGGAACCGAACCUCGAGACGAACUACGAGGUGGUGGCCGAAGAGGAGCUGCUGGGGGCGUUGCUGGCGCGUCGGCGCUCGGUGGCCCGUGGUGGCAGGGACGACGAUGGGCCGAGCAGCGACGCCGCGACGGUGCCGCUGCGCGACCUGGCUGCUGCCGUCGGCUUCGCCGCCAACUCGGACGCAUUUUAUGCCGACCUGGAGCAGAGCGUCCCGCGCAACUACGAGCUCAUCGACGACAUCAGCGAGCUGACGAGGACGCCGGCGCCAAGCGUCGUCGCCACGGGCGACCCCUUGCAGUGCCGGCAGCGCCGCCGGCCGCCCGAGCGCGAGCCGCCGUUCGGCAGGAGGCCGUACGGGGCCGACGCGGAAUUCACGGACGACGCCUACGAGCAGAACCUGCCGAGGAACCUGGCGCGGUUCUACCGGGGCGACGGCAACAGCGGGGAGCCGCUGGGGGCCGUACGGGCCGAGCCGCGGCAUGCCGAGGAGAGGCCCGGGCACAGGCCCGUCUCGAAGGCCUUCUCGUCGGCCGUCAUCUCCAAGCGCGGCAAGCACAAGCGGCAGCAGACCAUGGAGCAGAGGCUGGCGGCGGCUGCCGCCGGCGCCUUCGGGACGGGUGCCGACGCCGACAUGGGGUACACGGGCCGCUACGACGGCACACUCGCGUGGCCGGAGGAGAGGCCCCGGCGCCGGCACGGCGAUAUGGCCACGCCGCUCGGCGGCGUUCUCCUUUACGACGACGACGACGAUGGCGAAAUCGGCUACAACGGCUACGGCCCUCCCCUCCACGACUACGCCGAGCGUUACUCCUGCGACCCCAACGCGCCGCCGCCUCCGCCGCGCUUCCCGCCGCCCCGGCACCGCCGCGCCGACGGGGCCGGGGCGGUGACGCCGGGCGCCGACCGCGCCGGGUCUGGCCGGGCUCGCGAGCGUCCUCGGGCCGCCAGCCCCGAGCGGCGGGCCCGCGCGGCCCCCGAGUGGGACGAGGCGCCGGGUUCCGAGGUGCGGCGGCGGCCGACGGAGCAGGAGGCGCGCAGGCGGCAGCCGGGGAUGGGGGCCCGGCUGGAGCCCCUAAACCAGCGGCGCGUUGGCUUCCCCGGCGGGCAAGGUAACCGCUUCGCGUGCGACCGAAUGCGUGGAUGUCACCGCCACCGCCAUCAGCACCGUCGUCGUCACGACCACCGCCACGAUGAUCAUAAUCGUUACCAGAUGCACGAUCUGUGA